CACAUUGAUAUUCGAACGAAGUAUGCUGUUGAUUUGGUAGAAAAGGACGAGCUCUAUCCAGAAAAGAUUCAUACUUCUUAUCAGCCUGGUGAUUUGCUGACGAAAGUUCUGCCUUUGAAUCGGUGGAGGCUCAUUGGUGAAUUUCUUUUCGGAGGCCCCUUACCUGAUAUGCUGCUCUGAGGAUGCUCGCCUGUCAUGCUCUCUGCGCUUCUGUCGGUGACAGUGCUACUCUGUUCCCAUGCCGUCCGUCAAAGUUGUAUGCCCCGUGUGUGGUUGACGGUGAUCCGCCGCUCCAGCCUCCGACAGGGAGAUUCAACCGAUCGGAUCCUGCUGCGGUGGCUUCCAGGUUUUAUCUUCCUCUUCCGUCUUCUAUCCGAUUCAGGGAGGGUGUCUCGGGUGAUGUCACCGAGGAGACUCUCAUGGAGAACGUGAAAGAAUCGGAUGAAUCGGAAGGAGGAUAAAGACAGACACGUCUUCCUCAAGCUUGUGGUUAGCUGCAACCAAGACAUCUGUUCUAGGUUAGUAUCUUAGAAACUCGCUCAUCCUGAUCUAUGGAACCCAUGACGGUAGUGAACGAUGAAAUUGAAUUGUGCCUUGGCAAAACAAUGAUCCCCGGGGUGGAUAGGAUAGAAAGGGCCCAUAGAUUAGAAACGAGAAAAUUGUGUUCAAAACAAUCAGAGAUCAAUCAAUGCAUUGCAAGAAUUCUGAACCUGAUCUCUGGAGCUUGAUUGGAAG